ACUUUGCUAAGCUACAGACCGCUAAAAUGGUAAAAGUGCUUUGGAAAAAGACUUCAUUGACAAAGAUAUCCAUUAGUAGCUUAUAAUGUGACAAUGCUUUGACAUACUGCAUAGUAUGUUAAGGUUUAUAUAAAUGUACAAAUGUUUUUCAACUUGCUAGCAAAGUUUAUUAUUAUUCAGCAAUGUAACCGUAAUAGAAAAACCCAUUUCUUUUAAAUAAAACCUGUUAGUGAUGCCAUGUACAUUUAUACAUGUGGCAAAUAUGAUUCAUAAAGCCGAUAAUGUCUCAAAGAAAUGAAAUGCAUUAAAAAAAUACCGAACAAUUUGUUAAAGUUUUGAUCAGUAUACUAUAUGGUAUGGCUUAUGGCUUUACUAAUCACUUUUUGUGGGUUCUGUGUAGAGGUAGAACACCGGCCAUGACUGCAUUAAUUGCAAGUUCAAACACGUUUUUCUCCGUUGUGAUGGUAUACCAGAUAUUUCCCAUUGUACAUGAACACACCAGCAAGUAGUCUCUAUUGUCAUGGAAACAGAACUCCCCUACGAGGGUCACAGCAGCAGUUAACUCGAGAAAAAAACAACAAAUUUAUUGUAUCUUUUAUCUUUUUUAUAAAAAACCUUUUAUCUUUGUAAGAAUGGGGGUAACAAAUGUAUGUAAAGGUUAGAAAAGUAAAGGCGAGAGAGACGAACACUAUCGAUCUGCUGCAAACACUGAAGACGGACAGAAAAUAUACACUUUUUUUUAACUGAAGGUUUGCCUUUCAUUUCUGUAAACGAUGGAGGCUGCGGACAACGCAGAAGAGAUGACCGUGAUAACGCUAACUGUUAUCCGUGCUAACAACCUGCAUGGAAAGAAAGCUGGACACAUGGGUUUUGUGAAGGCUGAGAUCAAUGGAACUGUGCUGGGGGAGUCGGAGAGGAAACGACUGGACCCUGCAGAGCCCACCGUUGAGUUUAACUUCUCCUGCAUCGUACCUUGUCCUGAAAGCACACAGGACUUCACGGUCAUGGCCAACAAACCCAUUAUAUUGACUAUUUUAGAGGUCGCCGCUAAAGCCAGAAAAUCUGACACAAAGGCUGCCGUGCUGGGCCAAGCUGUGGUUGAUCUUGUACCAGCACUGCAAGGUCAGUGUAGCUUUUCAUCCACUGUCACCGUUUAUCCAGUAUCCAGCUCCACAAAAGAGUUCCUGCAUGCCACCCUGGAUGUGUCCGUCAACUUAUCAGCUUCGUUGCUGGCCGAGGCAGAAAACUCCAACAUGAUGACAGUGGUCAUAGAGACGGCCUUUUCUGUCCCUGAGACGUGGACAGUGCAGGCGUCUGCCAACACUUCCCCUUUCGCUUACACAGCUGCUCUGGAGAUCCCAACUACGGCACAGGACGAUGAGUUGAUGGUUUUCAGUAAGGGCUACCUGAAGCCCGGGGGUCAGAAGGAGGAAAAGCCCAGACAGAAGAAAAGACCAUAUAUAGUUCCGUUGGUGCCAGAGAACCACUUCUUCCCCGGAUUAUUCUUCCAUGAAGAACCUAUUGAGCUGGAAGAUGGUGAGCUGACUGGCCCAGAGCACACUCAGUUCCGUAAUGAUGUCGAGACCGCUAAGAACAGAGUGAGCUGGGACACAGAGAUGUGCUGCUUCAUGGACGCAGGAGGAAAUGCCAGGCUGCGGCAGAGGAUCACUGAGAACAGACACUGGCCAGUAGAAGUUAUGAGGACGGCUUCUUCGGCUCGAAAAGGCAAACAGACAGUUGAUGAGCAUCCGUCAGAAACCUCCUUCCACGGUUGUGCGUACGUAGACAUGGGCCGGCUGCUGUAUCCUGGAGUCACCCGUAUCCGAGGAGCGUACUCUGUCGUCCCCUGCUUUGAAAACUAUCUGACGAGAGCAUAUUCAGUUGAAAAUACCACCACCACUCAAGUAAAAUCAUGUCAAACCAAGAACAAAGCAGACGUCCCAGGCAACGCAGACGCAAACAUGUACCUGGAGGCCAGGACUUACCUGAUUGUGGAGAUUUCCCUGGAGCAACCGCUCAUCCCCAAAACAUCUCCUGAGGAGCUGAGCAGAAGGGUGAGAGCACUGAUCCCACCCAGACCACCUCCAGCAGGUCCCAGCAGAUCAGAAAGGGCAAUAUUUGACUUCCACAAACAGGUGGCCAGCGUGGUGGCCCAUGUCUCAGACCAGUUUAAGGAGUUAAUCGCAGCAGGAUGUAUCCCAUCAGAAGACUUCAGCUGGGAGCAGGCCAGAGUUCAGCUGCUGGGUUCACUCAAUGACACUGGGAGAUAUUUCGCCUUCAAGGAGCAGAUGAAGCAUGCAGUGGUGAGGCUGGUCCGUGACCAGAUGCAGAGGACCGAACCUUUCACUGACUCUCUGGAGCUGCAGGCUUUUGUUAGAAAGCUCUAUGUUCUCCUGGUGGAUGAAAUGCAUGUAGCCUUGAAUAAAAUUUAUUCAGACAGCAUUGUUCGUGACGCCGACGACGAUCAUCAUUUAUCAUGCCCUCAGCUCAGAUAUUUUGCCAGAGAAGCUCAGCUUACUGGGGAUUAUGAACAGGCCGCUCUCUACUAUCAGGAGUUGGUAGUGAGGUGUCCCCGUGAGCCUGUCUACAAAUUUGCAUGGGGCGGGCUCUGCAUGCUGUUAGGAGACUACCUGUUGGCUAAAGAGUGUUUCAACAAUGCAGUGUCGGUGCAGCAGGAGCACUGCCCCAGUCUGAUUAUGUGUGGGGUCGUGGAAGCAACAUUUGAACGUUACACGGAGGCUAAGACGUUCCUGGAGCAGGCAACCAGCAUCGAUCCAUGCAGUGUGGUGGCCUGGACACUUCUGGGUUUGCUCCAUGAGAGCCAGAACGACUCCAUUCUGGCCGAAUGGGCUUUCAAUGAGGCCAGGAGACAAUUGUGUUUGAACCAAGAUUACAUCCAGCGAUACGGAGAUGAUGACGAGGUAGAGGAGGAGGAGGAGGAGGACGGGGAGGAGGAGAAUAAGAGCAAAGAGGAAAAAGACACCCUGGAUGAUGAGGAUUCGGAAAGUGAACUCUAUCAGUCCACUGAUACUAUUCAUCACCUUGAUCCAAAGAUUCUCGAGAGCGAGACGGAGAGUCUGAAAGACCCUUCAGUGAGACCCUAUCCUACCAUGACAGUUUCAACAAAAGGUCCUACAUCCAUUUACAUAGAGACUGUCAGGUUCCUCCUGCACAACAAUGCUUUGAAGAUGGCUGAACACGCUCUGUCACAGGAGCUGCUGUCCUCAAACGGGAGACGCUCCGUUUCCUACCUCUACAACUUGGCCCAGCUGCAGUUCCUUAAGGCUGAAUACGACAGCGCCGCUGAGAACCUCAGUCAGGCGUUGUCUCACAAAGAGCGGGAUGCAGACAUGUGGGCUCUGAUGGGCCACUGCUAUUACCAGCGCGGAGCCCUGAAUGACGCCCGGGAGUGUUACGACCGGAGCCUGAGUUUCCUGCAGAACCCGUCAAACCUCGUCUUCCUCCGCAUGGGAUCCAUCUAUCUCCAGCAAGAAAGUUAUGAAUUAGCCAAAAUGGUCUACCUGAAGGCUUGUGAGCAGUUUCCCUCCAGUCUGACUUGGCUGGGUCUGGGCACAGCCUACUUUGGGUCCAAGGAGCUGGAAAUAGCCGAGGAAGCUUUCACCGAGGCCAACCACUUGAACAACCAGAAUCCAGAAGUGUGGGGAUACCUGACGCUAAUUUGCCUCAAGACUGGGAGACAAGAGGAAGCAGAACAUUUUUAUAAAUAUGCAAAAAGGUUCAACCUGCAGAAGGAGUCACUCCUCAAAGAGAUCAACGAGCUGCAAAGUCAGCUGCGAUUCAGUCAUCUGUCUUAAUGCUUUGACAAAAGAUCCGGACAUACCAAUACUUAUACAAAGUAAUUAAACAAUAUUUGAU